ACUGAAGUGAUGAAAAGCCCAUUGAUUCAUUUAAGCGGACGCAGUGAAGAGGGAUGCAGCCACGUUAACGUCUUUCUUUUAAAACAGCGACUGGAACAACCACGGCUCAAAAACAUAUUUACUUUAAAAUCAACACAUCUAUCGACAAGAAACAUUAUGAUCAACACAGAAGCAAGUGCUGCACUUCUGGAUUCAGCAUGUGUGCUCAAUUGGGUCAGGCAGGGGGCUCCAGGGCCUCUGUGGUGCUCCUGAUGCCCCUCAACCACAAGGAUGAUCACAUCUGGACAAGGGACAGGGAAGGAGGAGACUCAAGAUGUAGUCCUUCACAAGGGUGGGAAGUUAACUGUGAAACAGGUGACCUCGCUGGACAGCAGAUCAUCUAUUCUACACUUUCAGUAUAAGCUAAACAAUCAGUUAUCAUGGAGCAUGCGGUCGGUACUCUCUGGCCACAGCCUUUUUGUUGGUAUACCAGAUGGAGAACUCCUUAAAGGCACCAAAGAAGGACUCACCAGUGUCUUGGAGUUUGCAGAAGAGAAACUGAAGAUCAGUCACGUCUUUGUGUUGUUUGCGAAGAGCAGGCCAGACGCAUUACUCCUUACAAGAACAUUCUUCUGUUUGGGAUUUGAGCUUGUGACACCAGAUCAUCUAUUAGCAUCCAUUGGAGGAGAUUUCCGUGUUAUGGUCUACCCAAUACAACAAAUUCACUCCUCAGAAGAAUAACACACAUUUCUAUAGACUGUUGUAAAGUGCAUAAAAAUAAAACUGGCCAAACAAAAAAAUAAAAUCAAAAGAAACAUA